UCUAAUUUCUUUUAGUCUUCGUCUUUUAAAGGAAAUACAAUCUCACUCUCUAAUGCUCGCGACCCUUCGUCAUCAAUUUCGCUCUUGCAUCUUUGAAUUCCAACAUUUAAUUGGUAAACGGUUUCAAUUGCAUUUUUGAUUUCUCAAUUUCUCACGUCUUAAAUCUCAGCGGAUUUUUCUUUUCAGAUGUGUCUUGCUUCGAUAUCUAUGGUGUGUUUUAGGUUCUAUGGUGUCUGUGUCGUGGGUUAACGGUGGUUGCUCUGGUGAAGUUUUCAUGGUUGAAUGUUCACAGCGUGUUGCAGGUUCCCAACCAAUUCACAGGUUCGUCGUUGCUUCGAAGUGUUACAGUUGAAGCCUAGAAGUUACUGAAAUGGUGAAUCCGAAUUCAAAGAUGGAAGUGUUUGGGAAGUUUACAUGGACCAUUACCAAUUUCUCCACAUUAGACUCUGAGGAAUUGUACUCGGAUACGUUUACUCUCGAUGGCCACUCAUGGAGGGUUUUUAUAUAUCCAAAAGGGAAUAAAGUGAGUGUUUGUCAAUUUAUUUGGAAUUCUGGUGCUGCUAGUAUGCCUCAGAGAUGGGAAAAAUUUGCAAAUUUUAAAUUCAUUCUUAUUAAUCAGCUCCGUCACAGAAGGAAUAUAAUGGAAGAAGUAGAGAUAUUCAUGAAGCCUACAGACCUAACGUGCGUAGUUGUUCCUGUUUUUCCUCCAUCAGAAUCCAACAUAGUAUUGUAGAAACUAACAUUUUAGUCUUCUUUAUUUUCUUACAUGAUCCAUCAUGAUCCUUCUGCAACUGUAAUGGAUUUGGAAGAUUUUAAGAUUUUUAACUAAGUCAAAAAUUUAUAAUGUUUAAAAUUUACCAACUUUACCAAACCGCUACUU